CUGCCACCCGCCUGUCGGCCUUUGCGUGCAUCCCUCACCACCAGGAUGGCUCCUCCAUUAGGUGACGACCCGAAGAUCGAGGACUUGGACGACGAUGAUGACGAUGACGACGACGACGUGCCCGAGCUGGAGGACGCCAAGGAUGAAGAUGGCAAGGACGGCGGGGAGGGCGGCAAGGGCGGCAAGCAAAACAGAUCCGAGAAGAAGAGCAGGAAGGCCGUGCAGAAGCUGGGCAUGAAGCAGGUCACCGGGGUGGUCAGAGUCACCGUCAAAAAGAGCAAGAACGUCAGUGAGGGAGGGCAAUGCACCGGGGGAGGAGAGGGCCAGGGAAGACGCCGCACCUGCAUGCUGCGCGAGACACACACAGUCAUUUCGGCUUGUGUGGGAUUGCGAUGUGUGUGUGUGCAGAUCUUGUUUGUGAUCAACAAGCCUGACGUGUACAAGAGCCAGGUGUCCGACACAUACAUCAUCUUCGGAGAGGCCAAAAUCGAAGACCUCAGCGCACAGGCGCAAGGUACGUUUACAUGCUUGAUGAACUGACCCAAGGAGGUGCCUGUGUUCCACUGCACCCUGUGUGUGUGUGUGUGUGUGCAGCGAAUGCCGCCCAGCACGUGACUCAGGGAGCCACACCUGACAUCGUCAGCGCUGACAUGGUCAGACACCGACACACACUCACAGAUCCAAUCACGCCCUUGCUGUGUGUGUGUGUGUGUGGUGUGUGCAGGGCGGUGCUCGGGCCGCAGCGAUGGAGGGCAUGGCCGCAGGCAGCAAAAUCGAGGAGGUCGACGAAGGUCAGUCACUCACUCAGCCAACACACACACAGCACACAGCAUACCACCUCUGAUGGCCUCUGUGUGUGUGUGCAGAGGGUGAGGACGUUGACGAGGCGGGCAUCGAGGAGAAGGACAUCGAGUUGGUCAUGUCCCAGGUGCAGUGCACACGGCCCAAGGCGGUCGCCGCCCUCAAACAAAACAACAACGACAUCGUCGAGGCCAUCAUGCAGCUCUCAUCAGAAUGAUUCAUGACCGAUCCACACACAGACAGACAUCAGACGGUGUUGUUUCCUUUUCCGACGUGUGAGUGAGUGUGUGCAUGGCUGUGUGCGUGGGUGUUUGUGUAUGGUGUGGUUUUGUAUACGGCCGUGUGAUGCGAGACGAUUGACUGCCUUGAGACUGCGCUGGCCAGCCGGGAGAGUGACCGAUGGUUUUAACGAUGAGGUGCAACGUGAUGCUGUUCACUCUCUCUGCGCGAGGUCCUUCAAUCUACUGCCUCUCUCUUCUUUGCGACACCCACACCUCCCUCCCUGUCUUUGCUGUCUUUUGGCCAAUGCUUCUGCGGUUCGUCAUCCUCUCCGAGAUGGCUUCACUGGGCAUAUCUUAUGGAGUAGAUGGCGGGCGGGAGGUAGACUGGCAAAAGGCGCGGAGACAGGGGGUGGAAGGGAGCACUUGACCGAUGCGACGCGAUGCGAUUCCCUGCCCACUUGCUCGUAUGUAUUGUGUCUUCGUGUUACCCGGGUGAUGGAUGGCUUUGCCCUGCUGGUGGUGGGUGUGUGAUCCUGAUCCCAUUCUCACAAUGGAAAUGGGAACAAGUUCAACCACCACGACCGGCAGGUGAAGUCAUCCGCAAGGGGCAUGAAAGCGAUGACACGGUUAUCGCCUGCCUGCCUGCCGAAUGGCUAUCUAUCCUUUUUGGCCAGGCCUGUGAGCGCCUUUUUCCACCGAUGGCGCAGUGACGACGAUGAACCAUCCCACCCUUCCUGGUGUGCAUUCAUUCAUUCACGCGUUGAUGGAUUGACUGAUUGAACAUGUGUAUGUCCUGGUGGCUGGGUCUCUCUCACUAGUGACUGCACCACACUCGAUGAUCAUCUUUCACUCACUAACGCCAAAACCACCACCAUCAACAAAAACAACCAUAUCCAUCACACACAAAGCCUGCCGACAUAACAUGAGGCCAAUCUAUCUAUCAGUGUGCCUUCCCUAUUUGCUCUGCGCCCUUCUUGUCAACAAACUAGGCAAUCACUCAGUCAGUCACUCCAUCACCC